UCUCAAAAUCAGAAGAACAGAACAGGACAGGACAGGACACACCGCCACAGGAAAAUCCUAAUUCUACAUUUCUACCAGCGAGAGAGAGCGAGAGAGAGAGGGGAGAGAGAGGGGUGGUGAUGGGUGAAGACAAAUUGGAGCAGCCCGGCGGAGACGAGACAAUAAUACCUACGAUAAACCGACGCAUCGGCGGCGAAGGCGGUGAAAACGACGCCGUAAACCUAGUCAAAGACGGCGGAGUUGAAGGAUCAGCUUCUUCUUCCGCUUCCCCAUCAUUGCAAUCGCCAUCUUCCAAAAACAAAGGAAAGUCGUGCAAAGGAUGUUUGUAUUAUUCCUCAACCCUCAAGUCCAAGUCUCGCAAUCCCCUCUGCGUUGGCAUCACUCGUUCCUUUCCCCAAGUACCUCGAUACAUUGUUGGGGAAUCAGAGGCAGAAGCUUCUAAAGAGGGCAGGAGUCUUACGGAUUUCAGAUAUGCUUGCGUUGGUUAUUCUGUUUACUCGGAUCAAAAUUCUCAUCCAACUGAUGGGCAAGAAACACCAACAGAAUUACCAGCCUGUGUUGGCCUUGAGAUUCUACUUGAUAAAAGAACUGGUCCAGCAAAUCCUGCUCCUGUCCACGCUCAUAAUCGGGAAGAGGGUCUUGGAACACCUCAGCCUCCUCGUCCUUACAAACCAGCUCACUCAGCUGGGGAUGAAUUCCUGAGCAGGUUCUCUAGGAAUGCAACCCUGGUUGCCAUGGGGGUAGUCAAGAACUUGCGUAAAGUAGGGAACAGAAUAAAGGAAAGCAUUGAUGACAUCCUUUACCGACGGCCAAAAUGAGAUGCUGAUUACCCAAAUGGGAAGAAGUGGACUAUAAUGACACUGAUGCAAAAAACAUAAAAACUUGACCGAAUAAUGUACCAUUGGCUUUGAACAUUCUAUAAUUUUGUCCAUUUAUCCUUUCAUCUUUAGAGCAUUGAACUGGGACAUAGGCUGGAAGGGGAAAUGCUUUUGUCGUUAGCUCUUAAUUCAAUGUUGAUAUUGUUACAGAUACUGGAGGCAGAUGCCACCAGAUCUGCCUGUACGAUCCAUCCAAAUUCUGCUCAAUAGUUUCAAAUGUUAAAGUUUUGAAGUUAAAUGCCCA